AUGAAAAAGAAAAGUGGAAUUAGGGUUAGGGUUUACCAGGGUACUGAGAGGGGAGAUAUACAUGAUAAUGCCAGCGACAUCGCAGAUGAUGCCGACCAACAUGGACCUAUCGGUAGUGGUGUGAAAGGCGAGGAGAGAGACUGCGACGAUGAUGGCAAAGAGCACCAGCUCGCAAAGAAUGAAGAGAGGGUGAUGCAUCAUUUUUUCAAGAAAGUUUCUCCUGUUACCGCGGUUUUAUCUCCGUCAGAGAAUGAACCUCCACUUCUCCAACCACAAGAGUUACCUAAUGAAGACAGAAAUAAAGUUGAUCUAGAGGAUGGAUCUGCACUUCUCCAACCUCAAGAGUUACCGAGUGAAGACAAAGAUAAAGUCGAUUUAGAGAAGCUUCCAAGUGAUCCCGGGGAACGACCUGACAUAAUGAGUUAUCCACCAAACUCAAUAGAAGACAUUCGUAGAGCUUAUUUACUAAGAGGUCCAUGUCAACCACGCAAGCAUAAUUUCCUUUCUACAAGCAAUGGAAAUCGAAAACGUAAUUUUGUCUCACUUUGGUUUGAUGAAUUUAAGAGCUGGCUGGAGUAUAGUGUUACCAAGGAAGCUGCUUAUUGCUUAUAUUGCUAUCUUUUCUCAAGACUCCAUGGAAAUGGACAAGAUGCCUUUGUAUCUAAGGGAUUUACUGCUUGGGGCAAGAAAGAAAGAUUAAGAGAUCAUGUUGGAAAUCAUACAAGUGAGCAUAAUAGGUGUAGAUUAGCAUGUCAGGAUUUGAUGAACCAACCCCAGCACAUUGAAGUCUCUCUACUAAAGCAGUCAACACAAUCGAAGCUUAAUUAUCGUUGCAGAUUGAAUGCAACGAUUGUUUCACUUCGUUAUCUUAUCAUGCAAGGAAUGCCUUCUCGCGGACAUGAUGAGUCCGAAGAAUCCUUAAAUCGAGGUAAUUUUCUUGAGCUUUUGAAAGUUAUUGCCUCUUGCAGCGAUGAGAUAUCUAGUGUUGUACUAAAAAAUGCUCCUGACAAUCUCAAACUAACAUCACCGAGAAUUCAGAAGGACAUCAUAAAUGCAUUUGGUGUUGAGACAACAAAACUUAUUGUACAAGAUAUGGGAAAUGAUUUUUUCUCCAUAUUAAUCGAUGAUUGUCGAGAUAUAUCAGUCAAAGAGAAAAUGGGUGUUGUGGUGCGAUAUGUGGACAAGAAUGGAUGUGUUAUGGAACGCUUUCUCGGUGUAGUGCAUGUCAGAGACACGGUUGCAACCUCACUUGAGAAGGCACUUGAUUCUUUGUUAUCUAUGUAUGAUUUAAGUGUAUCUAGUUUGAGAGGACAAGGAUAUGAUGGUGCAAGCAACAUGAGAGGUGAAUUCAAUGGAUUGAAAAGUUUGAUACUCAGGAGAAAUCCCCGUGUCUAUUAUGUACAUUGUUUUGCUCACCAGCUUCAACUCACAAUUGUCGUUGUUGCCAAAAAACAUACAAGUAUCGGAUAUUUUUAUAAUGUUAUCAACCGUUUGUGUAAUGUUGUUGGAGGUUCUUGUAAGCGCAGAGAUAUACUUAGAGAAAAACAGAGAGAGAAUAUUCUAGAAAAGAUUGCAAGUGAUGAAAUUACCACCGGGACAUGA